AUGUCCUUUUUAUCUUUUCGGCAAGUAAUUAGAGCUCAGUUUCUUUCUUUUUUUAAUCUUGCUCUCUCUCUCUCUCUCUCUCUCUCUCCUCCCUCCCUCUCUCUCCUCUCUCUCUCUCUCUCUCUCUCUCUCUCUCUCUCUCUCUCUCUCUCUAUCUCUUUUCUUCUUCUCCUCUACAAUGUAAAUAGGAUAUCUAUCUUAAAUAGGUUUUAUAUCUAUCUAUCUAUCUAUCUAAUUUGGUUAUCUAGGUGGUCGUCCGUUCGCAUUACCGGCCCUUCCCGCCGGUGUCAACCAAAUGCACAUCUACCACGCGUUUCUGCCGGGGAAGUUAGAUUGGGAGUAUGUUCAUCUCUUUGGUUCUUUCUUUCUUUCCUUGCGAUUUCUUCUGCUUUUCUUUUUCUUUUUUUUUUCUUUCGAUGUUGUCCCCGUAGUCGUGAGGUUUUUUCUUCCAUCUUUUUUUUCAUUUGUUCGUUUUUUCUUUACUUUUCUUUUUUUUAUUGUUGUUUUGUUUUCACCUGUUUCUUUCUUUCUUUUCUUUCCUUUCCUUUCCUCUAUAUUAUGAUCAAUGUAUUAUUUUUUCUUUCUCUUCUCAAUAACAGAUGUUUCUUACUGUCUUUCUUGAUUUCUUUCUUUCUUUUCCUCAAACUAUUAUCAGCGUAUUAUUUUUGUUCCUUUUUUUCAAUAAUCGAUGUUUCUUUCUUUCUUUCUUUCUUUCUUUCUUUUAUUCUCAAUAUUAUUAUCAAUAUAUUAUUUUUUCUUUACUUUUUCAAUAAUAGAUGUUUCCUUCUUUUCUUCGAUAUUAUUAUCAAUGUAUUAUAUUUCUCUUUUUCUUUCCUUCCAUGA